GCCCACCAGGGAGCCGAGGGCGGCGCCACCUCCUGGGGCGGAGCGCGGCGGCGGCGGCCGGGCCGGGCUGGGCUGGGCCAGGCAGGCAGCAGGCAGGCAGGCAGCUGAGGCGGAGCGCGCCGCGAGUCGAGACGGGGAGAUGCGCCUGGACGUGGCGGCAGCAGCAGCAGCAUCAACGCCGGCGGCCGGGCAGGCCCACCUCCCCGCCGGGCAAGGCUCCAGCGUCGCCACCGCCGGCGGCGGCCAGCUGCAGUCACUAAUGGCAGAUGCCAUGGACACCCUCGAAGGAAGGAAAAGUGAUAAAGAACGUGUCUGGAAUAAAAUUCAAAAGAACAAGCCGUGGAGGAAGUUGAAAAACAUGGUGCAUUGGUCACCGUGCGUCGUAUCUUUCCGAAAGCGCUACUCCUGGGUGCAGCUUGCUGGCCAUGCAGGCAACUUCAAGGCCGGGGAGUUUGGGCGCAUCCUGAAGAAGUAUUGCCCUAGCGAGCAGCAGUGCCUGGAGCGCCUGGUGCAUGAUGCGCUUCAGCCGUACGUCCCAACCUACUAUGGAGUGGCGGAGCACGAUGGGGAGGCCUACAUCCAGAUGGAGGAUUUGCUAUCUGGCUUUGAUGCACCUUCCAUCAUGGAUUGCAAAAUGGGAGUCAGGACAUACCUAGAGGACGAGUUGGAGAAGGCAAGGCAGCAACCCUGUCCACGCAGGGACAUGUACGACAAGAUGGUGGCUGUGGACCCGGCGGCUCCCACGCCAGAAGAGCAUGCCCAGUGUGGCGUCCUGAAGCCUCGCUACAUGCAAUGGAGGGAGACCCUCAGCUCGACCACCACUCUCGGGUUCCGCAUCGAGGGCAUCAAGAAAGCUGACGGCACUUGCAACACCAGCUUUAAGAAGACGCGGCAGCCAGAGCAAGUGAUGCAGGUCUUUUGGGACUUUGUGGAUGGCAACAAAAGAAUUCUGACAAGCUACCUGGAGCGGCUGCAGGAGAUGAGGGGGGCGCUUGAACAGUCCGAGUUCUUCAAGGUGCACGAGGUGGUGGGCAGCUCUCUGCUCUUUGUCCACGACCAAACGGGUCUGGCCCAGGUCUGGAUGAUCGACUUCGGCAAGACCGUCCCACUGCCUGAGAAGCAGACAUUGACGCACCGGCUGCCGUGGGAGGAAGGGAACCGUGAGGAUGGCUACCUCUGGGGCUUGGACAACCUCAUUGCAAUCUUGGAGAGCAUGCUGGGAGAGUGAGCCAGGGAGUCGCAGCGGACAUUGAGACAUUGGCAUUGGCCCCAGUGACUCUACCUUUAUUUUAUUCAGCCAGAUAUGCUACCAAAACCAGGGAAAGUCUGAAAAAAGCCUGGAGCAAUACUGAAAACAUGACAGACUGUUGGCACCAGAGGAUCCUCAUGUUCCCACUGGUGGUCCACAGACAGUAACCUUUUUGAAGGGCCCUGGCUUUGCACAGCCAGAGUUGCAUCUCAAAGAUAUUUAUUGUAGUGACGGAUGUGAUUAGGCCCCCAACUUGGCUCUGGGAUCUCUGGAGGGCUGCUGUGUGAUGGAGAGAAAAAGACUUCUGCAAACCAAGACAGAACUCGGGAAGCAGCGCUGAGUGGGGAUUUUGGGGUGCCCAAUUUAGAGGCUACUUUUAUCAUGGGGCUGAUAGCACCAUUUCUAAAAUAAGAAGCUCUCCAAGAAAUGGUUUAAGAUACUAGAAAGCAAAAAAGAAAAAGGCAGAGCUGAUCUCUGCUCCUCCCCAAACAAGCCCCACCCACAUCAGAUCAACAACAUGGGAUGUUGCUCUGACAAAAUUAUCUGGUGGCUCUUCAUGGGAUGGGGGAUAAACAGAAAUGUGUGUCUUCCCUCUGCUUAAACUGUUAACUUGCCUGGCACCUAACAAGUCAUUCUGCCAAGCCAAAUGGAAGCAAACUAAUUGCUUUACAACCUGCUGCCUCCAAGGAUUAGACAAGAACUGCUUUCCAAAUCCCUGCACAGAAGCGCUUUGGCACUGCCAGGCUGCCUGUUUUUUGGUGCUGAAUUUGGGCUAGUUUUAACAAGCAACAAUCUACUGGGUAGUCUCUCCCCCAGUUCUUGUUUUCUAAUGGUGGUAGUGGUGAUCAGGGACAGAAGUUCUACUUUGCCUCACUAGAGAGUGGGUCUCUGGUUGUUAAUGUGUGUCUCUGUAAAUUUUGAGAUGUUUAAAAAAAAUCUUAAAUGAGACAUAGCUGCAAGUGAUGUGCUGUGCAUCUUAACUUUCAACAUUGGAUGUGGGACUGGUGGGUUUCUGCGUGAGGGAAUCUGCGUGAGUCAGAAGAUCCUGGUUUAGCCUUUAUCAACAUGUUCUUUAUAGUGGGGCCCAGGUAGUGCCUCUCCCCAGCAAAGGGAAGUCAGUUGUCCCUGGGCACUUUCUGCUUGCAUUGGCUCUUGCUGUUGUAGUUUGUCACCUGCACAUGCUCACAGUAUUUGACAGGACCUGGAAGCUGAGCCUGGGGCCUUAAUUGCUGUGCCCAACAGCAAAGAGGCCUGGGUCAGCAUCAGGCAAAGGGGGAGAUGCUGGGGAGGCAAGAACUCCCCUUCCGGAUUGGUGUGAGGCUAUAACAUUCUGUGAAUGGGCCUUUCCCCAAAAACCUCACCAUGGGACAGUCCUUCUAUGCACUGAAGUUUGUAACUCAUCUCUGAGGUUUCAAAGGUCCCAGCAGGGAGGGGCCGGUAGGCAACUGUCACCCUGGAAAUCCACUCUGCACGGAACAAGGAAAGGGCAGCUAUUCUGGGAGCAGCCCACAAAAGUGGCUUGUUUCCCGUCGCCGCAGUCAGAGACCCUCCCAAGGAAGGGCUGUAGAGCAGGACAAUGGCAGCAGGAGGAAGCAAGCUGGAAAUAGCACGGGGAUGGGUGGCUGGCAGCUGUGGUUUACAUUAAAGGACUGCACAAACCCUGAGCAUCCCUCUGUCCAACUGAACCCAUCUGCUGUUCCACAAAAUAAGCAGUCUGCUUGGAGCAUUUUGCCCUCAAAAAAAGGGGAAUCAUUCUGCACUUUGAGGAUAAUUCUAUCAUGAAGGCAUUUCUCUAGAAACCAAUUUAUUUUUUCUUUCCUGUUUUUUCACUGAAGUGUUUUUAAUUCUCUAGAGCACUUUACAAUCUCUGCAUUUACACUCAGAAUAAACAUACAGCAUUGUGAAGAAGUCACCCGUUUAAAGCUGUGGGGAAACUGAGGUGGAGAGAAGUGAGUUACGCCAAGGGCUGGCCGGACACUCACUCCACGCCAGAGGCAGGACUUGACCUUACAUUCCCUCCCCUGCCCCCAAUCCAGGGCCAUCUUCUUUUCUCUGCUGUAUACACAGGCCCUCAAAAUGCUUAAUACUGUUUUGUCAACAAAAGGUAAAGGUGUCCCCGCGCUUAUAGUGCGAGUCGUUUCCGACUCUUAGGGUGCCGUCUUGUGACGUUUACUUGGCAGACCGUAUAUAUGGGGUGGGAUUGC